GUGAGCAUUCACUGAAAUGGCACAUUAUUAUUUAAUGGCAGCGUCUUAGUCAGCAGUGACUGAACUUCACAUACUGAUGUCCUGCAGGCCCGGGCCCUUUUCCUGCUAUGCUGGAUCUGUGGGGAAUGGUUGGAGGACUGUUGGAGUACCGCUCUGCACUUUUUGCCUCCAGGGGUUUUGCGAGUCUUUCUGUUGCUUACAUGGGGCACAAAGACUUACCUGGACCACAACACAUAAUGAGUGUUGGCGAUUCAUAUUUCAAAUCAGCCUUCCAGCUACUUCAAGAUCACUGUCAGGUCGAUGCAGACAGAAUUGGGGUCAUUGGCCUCUCCUAUGGAGUCGUUCCGACUCUUCGCAUCGCCACUACGAUUGGUUUUAAACCAUCAUGUUUGAUUUGUAUUAAUGGGGCAGUAGGAAGCCCGCUGUUGGACGAAGAUGGCAAGAGCAAAAUGUUUGAGAGCGACCAGAAACAUUGGGAGUUCGAUGAUCGAGGCUAUGUGAGUUUCAGAAAUGUCUCUCUGCCGGAUAAUCUGCCCCCUGAGAGCAAACGGAAGGUAGAGAACAUCACCUGUCCUCUCAUGUACAUAGUGGGUGAAGAUGAUCUGUGUACUGCAAGCACAGAGAAUGCAGAUGUGAUUGAGGAGGCCCUGAGGUCUGCAGGUAAAUCUCAUCAGUUUACCCGUUUGUCAUAUCCCGGCGCCGGUCACCUGAUCGAGCCACCCUACACACCGUGUUCAAGAGCGUCUCUAUGGAAAACCAAACCAGAGAAAUUAUUCACUCUGUGGGAGGUCACCCCGCACCCCACGCUGCUGCUCAAGAAGAUGCCUGGAAGAGGAUCCUGGAGUUUAUGGAAACCCAUCUGA